AUGGCAACUGCUAUAACUUUAACAUCCCUCCUCUCUCUCUCUCUCUCUCUCUCUCUCUCUCUCUCUCUCUCACUCACUCUGUUUUUUCUUCUUUUCUUCGUUAUUUAUUUCUUUUUCUUCUUUUCUUUCAUAUUUUCCCCUUCCCUCUUCUCCUCCUCCAUAUCUUUUCAUUCUUUUCAGUUUGGCCCCAAAUCUCCUUACUUUUUUCUGUUUGCUUAUUCUCAAUCAUUCGUGAUAUUGGUAAGUAUUUAUUUUAUUUGUCCUCAUUUUCGUCUGUUUCUCACAUUUCAUACAAUUUUUUUUCUUCUCGUUUUAUUUUACUUUAUUUUUUCAUUAUUUUUCUGGCCAUCUACUACUACUACUACUACUUCUUCUUCUUCUUCUUCUUCUUCUUCUUUCCUUUUUGUCUUUCUUUUUUCUAGUUCUUUCUUUUUCUUCUUCUUCUUCUUCUUCUUCUUCUUUCCUUUUUUUCUUUCUUCUUCUUCUUCUUCUUCUUCUUUCCUUUUUGUCUUUCUUUUUUCUAGUUCUUUCUUCUUCUUCUUCUUCUUCUUCUUCUUCUCCUUCUUUCCUUUUUUUCUUUCUUCUUCUUCUUCUUCUUCUUCUUCUCCUUCUUUCCUUUUUUGUUAUUGCUUUCUUUCCCUUUCUUUCUUUCUUUCUUUCUUUCUUUCCCUUUCUUUCUUUUCUUUUUUCUUUCUUUCUUUCUUUCUUUCCCUUUCUUUCUUUCUUUCUUUCCCUUUCUUUCUUUCUUUCUUUCUUUCUUUCCCUAAAAGCAAACAGCGCCUUUGA